AUGAGCAGCACUCAAUCGGAACCGUCGCUGCUCAAAGAGCCGGGCUCUUCCAGGCGGAGCAAGUACGAGGACGAGGAGUUUCCGUCUUCGUUCACUUUUCUCAUUCGCACCUCUUCCGACUCGCAUUGCGAAGAUCCGACCGGCAAAAUUUCGGUGCUCAUUCGCGACGACGAGGGCCGCGCGACGGACAAGCACUUGCUCCGCUUCUCGCACACUCAUCCGACGCCUUUUCAGCGGGGACAUGUCAGUGGUUAAUUUUUCGAAAUUUCAAGAAUGUAUUCUAUUUUUAGACCGAUCUGUUCGUGAUGACUAACCAACCAAUUCUGGGGCCACUUGCGUGUUGCGAAAUUCACUACAAAUCCAAGGACGAAAGUACUAGGGAUCUUGUACUUUUUUUUAAACAAUAACCAAAAUUUCAGCGUUUGGAAAUCCGUGGAAGUUCCAUACGGUCAACGUUUUCCAUCACGACAACGGAAAAGUGUACAACUUUCAAAAAGAUGAGAAGCAGUCGACGGAUUCCGUUUCGAUGCUCGUUUGCAAGGAUGAAGGCGUUCAGGCGAUGCCGACCGAGUUGCGAAAUCCGUUCAAAUGA